CGUCCCUUGAAGGUGUUAGUCAGGCCGACAAAUUGCCCCGCGGCUUCCGUACCUUUUGCCUCCCCUCCUAUCUCCUAAUACUACUAGUAUAGUACACUGGCACUUACCUAAGGUACCUACCUUCCAGCGGUCUUUUAGAUCAAGACACCAAACAAACAACUCGAGCUUGUCUUGUGGCACCCCAGGAUAUCAAACCAAGAUGCCAGUCGUCAACCCAGAAAAGCUGGCAACGCUCCAGCAAAAUGCUAAUGACGUGCGGAACAUCUGUAUUUUAGCCCACGUUGACCAUGGCAAAACAUCCCUCACCGAUGCCCUCCUUGCCACAAAUGGCAUCAUCUCCCCAAAACUUGCCGGCAAAAUUCGGUAUCUAGACUCUCGGCCGGACGAGCAGCUCAGGGGUAUCACCAUGGAGUCAUCAGCUAUCUCCCUCUAUUUCUCGAUGCUCCGGAGGUCAAGCCCUGAAGCUACCCCUGAGCAAAAGGAGUACCUCAUCAAUCUGAUAGAUUCACCCGGCCAUAUUGACUUCAGCAGUGAGGUUUCCACAGCAUCCCGUCUCUGUGAUGGUGCUGUUGUCUUGGUUGACGCCGUGGAAGGCGUGUGCAGUCAAACCGUCACCGUCCUAAGGCAAACAUGGACCGAGAAGCUUAAACCACUGCUCGUCAUCAACAAAAUAGAUCGCCUGGUUACCGAGCUAAAAAUGACGCCGACCGAGGCAUACGUUCACCUCAGCAAACUCUUAGAACAAGUCAACGCCGUUCUCGGGAGCUUCUUUCAGGGGGAGCGGAUGGAGGAGGACCUCAACUGGCGGGAGCGGAUGGAGGCCCGUGUCGCUGCUUCCGCUGCGAAAGAAGCCAAACUCGCAGAUCAACUAACGGAUUCCGGAGAGUUUCGCUUCGAGGAGAAAGACGACGAAGAGAUUUACUUCGCCCCGGAGAAAAAUAACGUCAUUUUUGGCAGCGCCAUCGAUGGCUGGGCUUUCACGGUGCGCCAGUUUGCCGGACUUUACGAAAAGAAACUGGGCAUAAAACGCAAUGUUCUAGAAAAAGUCUUGUGGGGGAACUUCUACCUGGACCCCAAGACGAAAAAGGUUCUGGGUCCCAAACAUUUGAGAGGAAGGGCGCUGAAACCCCUUUUUGUCCAACUCGUGCUCGACCAGAUCUGGGCCGUCUACCAAGCCACCGUCGGCGAUGACAACGGAAAGGGGGACGCCACUCUUCUCGAGAAGAUUACCAAAUUCCUGAACAUAACUAUCCCGCCUCAUAUCCUACGAUCGCGAGACCCGAAACUCCUGCUCACAACCGUCUUUGCCUCCUGGCUCCCCGUAUCCGUCGCUUUACUCGUCUCCGUCGUGGAGUCGCUCCCAUCGCCGAGCGCGGCACAGACUGAACGCUUCCCACUGCUACUGGAAGACGUACCGGGGGCAGACCACAUCGACCCUAAGGUCAGGGACGCAAUCGUUUCGUUCAAGAAGGGGCCUUCAGACCCAGUCGUUGCGUACGUGAGCAAGAUGGUGUCGAUGAAAGAGAGUGAGUUGCCAGAGAACAAACGGCGCGGGCCCAUGAGCGGCGAGGAUGCAAGGGACUUGGCGAGGAAAAAGCGUGCCGAGGCAGCGCGUGCCGCACAAGCUAGCCAGAGUGAGAGCAACGAUAUGGAUGCCCUAGCGUCCGCCUUCUCGAGCGCCACCCUGGAGCAGAAGGCCCAGGAAGAGGAAGAGAAGGAGGCCGAGGCGGAGCACUUGAUCGGCUUCGCGCGUAUCUACUCUGGCACUCUAUCCGUCGGCGACGACAUUUACGUUAUUCCGCCAAAGUUUUCCCCGGCACAUCCGCUCACAGAGCCCUCGCCUAAGAAGGUGAAGGUGACAGGGCUCUACAUGAUGAUGGGCCGGAGUCUGGAGGCCCUCGACUCCGUUCCGGCUGGCGUGGUCUUUGGGAUUCGAGGGCUUGAGGACAGCGGCAUCCUCAAAUCCGGCACCCUCUGCAGCCAACUGGAGGGAGCAAUCAACCUGGCUGGUAUUGCAAACACCCUCGGUCGCCCGAUUGUGCGGGUAGCCUUGGAACCGGCCAACCCGGCCGACCUGGACAAGAUGAUAAAGGGCCUUCAUCUCCUCGUCCACAGCGACCCCUGUGCCGAGUAUGAGCAAUUCGCGAGCGGCGAGCACGUCCUGUUGACAGCUGGUGAACUUCAUCUCGAACGCUGCCUGACAGAUUUGCGGGAGCGGUUCGCCGGUUGUGAGAUCCAGUGUGGUGCGCCCAUCGUACCAUACCGCGAAACCAUCGUCCGGGCCGAAGAAAUGCGUCCGCCCGUCAACAAAGAGUUCGGACGCGGCGUGGUGGUCGGUGUCACAAGCUCCAAACAAGUGACCAUCACGUUGCGAGCAAGGCCUUUGCCCCAGGAUGUUACCGACUUCUUACUCAAAAAUGCAGGAGGUAUCAAGCGAUUGUACUCGGAUCGCGGGGCUACGGAGGCGGAAGGAUCAUCGACACAUGAGCCAGUCACAGAGACUGGCGCGGUUCAAGACGACUCCCAAGAAGCUGACGACGACCUUACCGCCGCCAGCAAAGCUCUCUCCCCCGAGGAACUUGGGAAACAGCUCCAGUCCCAAUUCGACAGCGAGAAGGAUCGCCUUGACUCCUGGAAGGGUAUCAUUGACCGCGUCGUCUCCUUCGGUCCACACCGCAUAGGCCCCAACCUCCUUAUCGAUGCCACCAAGGAGCAAUUCCUCCCGAAGGCCUUCAACACCCAUAGCAGCCACAACAACGACAACGGCCGCCCGUCAGCCAACGAAUCCCUCGGCCCGCACCACUUCUCCGACAAGAUAACCUAUGCCUUCCAGCUCGCCAUGUCCCAGGGCGCGCUCUGUAACGAGCCAGUCCAAGGCGUAGCCAUCUUCAUCGAAGACGUCUCCGUCGCCGCAGCCGACAGCAGCAGCGGCGAGGAUGCCACCUCGGCACGCGAUAACCUGGGCCGCCUGACGGGCGAAGUAAUCAAGACAGUCCAGCAGUCCAUCCACAAGGCCCUCCUCGACUGGUCACCGCGGCUCAUGCUAGCAAUGUACUCGUGCGAGAUCCAAGCCUCCACCGAAGUCCUCGGCCGCGUCUACGACGUACUCACCCGGCGGCGCGGACGGGUCCAAUCAGAAGCCAUGAAAGAAGGCACGCCCUUCUUCACGAUCCAAGCCCUACUCCCCGUAGCCGAGUCAUUCGGGUUCGCCGACGACAUGCGCAAGCGGACGUCGGGCGCCGCGCAGCCGCAGCUCAUCUUCGCCGGGUUCGAGAUCCUCGACGAGGACCCCUUCUGGGUGCCCUUCACCGAGGACGACCUCGAGGACCUGGGCGAGUUCGGCGACCGGGAGAACGUGGCCAAGCGCUACAUGGACGGCGUCCGGCGGCGGAAGGGUUUGUUGGUGGAGGGCCGGAACGUGGCGACGGAUGCGCAGAAGCAGAAGACUUUGAAGCGGUAGUUUUGUUUGUAUUUCGGUUUCGGAUUUCUUUUUGGGGGGUUGAGAAUAGGGGUGGACUGAUGAAUUAAAAUCCGGUGUGUUGGGUUGGCAUAGUUACUGAACUUGAGCACACACUUGAACAAAAUGCGAGAUCAUGUCACAAGU